UCUGUUCUCAUUGGCUCGCCCUUGGAUCAGUUGCGUGCAAUCAGCUUCGGCCGGGGUAAAUUGCCAUUGGACAGCCCGCCCGUCGCUGGCUUUUAUUGUCCGCUGUCUACUGCCUUCUUUUUUUCAAUUUGAACGGAACGGGCUGAGAGAGCAGACGCUAUGCACAAGCGGAGCACCGGAGCUGACGACCGACGCUUUCGCUGAUCAAACUCGCCCGAAGACAGAAACUGAACUGUUGAGGGAUGCCGUCGGCUGGUCUGGAGAUCGUGGGACUGGGGCUGUGUGUCCUAGGUUGGCUGGGAGUCAUGCUGACUUGCGGGCUGCCGAUGUGGAAAGUAACGGCUUUCAUCGAGAGUAACAUCGUGGUGGCCCAGACGCUCUGGGAAGGAUUGUGGAUGAACUGCGUGGUCCAGAGCACGGGGCAGAUGCAAUGCAAAGUCUACAAUUCCCUGCUGUCGCUGAGACACGACGAACAGGCGGCCCGGGCGCUGACAGUCAUCGCCUCCAUCAUGGGACUCAUCGGGCUUCUGGUCACCAUCCUGGGAGCCCAGUGCACCAACUGCACGGAGGGUGUGACAACCAAAGCCCGGAUCGUCAUCAGCGGAGGUGUCAUCUUCAUCCUAUCCGGUCUGCUCGCCCUCAUCCCCGUGUGCUGGACGGCCAACACCAUCGUCCGCGACUUCUACAACCCCAUGGUCCCCGUCUCCAAGAAGCGAGAGAUGGGGGCGGCGCUGUACGUUGGCUGGACCGCCAGCGCGCUCCUCUUCAUCGGGGGAGCCCUGCUCUGCUGCUCCUGUCCCCCGAAGCAAGACCAGUCGUCCUUCGCCGUCAAGUACACGGCCCCGAGGAGAGCUUCGGCCAACGGGGACUACGACAAGAGGAACUACGUGUGAACGGGGUACCCCCCCCCCCCCCCUCCCCCGUUACUCCGAACAGACCCGAAUUGGACACGGGGAGGGAGCGAGGAAAUCGUAGA